AUGUUCAGCUUUGACGCUAGGAAGUACACCGUCCUCGAACAGCAGCAGCGAGUCGAUGGUGGAGUCUCCGAAAAGGAGGCGAAAUGUGCGUUGUCCGAAUUGAGCGUCUGGGUAGCCCCAGUACAGGAAGCGCUUGCCCGGCAUUUCCUCUACCAGCCGCCAGCAUGUCUUGCUGGCCAGGGCAAAUUCGAAGAGCGUUCGUACCGCAGUCUCGUCGCUUCUUUCACCAAGGUGCAUUAUGUUUCGAAGAAUACGAUCUUGCACCACACUCGGCAGCCCCCGGAAGUCCAUUUGCGAUUUUCUGAAAUGGAAAUGGACAAGCCGGAUAUACUACCUGAACUCAUGAAUUCCAUGGACCUUGGCCUCGAUGGCGACGAUGAUUUUUCAGUAAACGGACGCUCCAAGCGACUCGAGUUCUUCCAAAGCUUGCCAUCCGUGGUGACGCGUACGCUCUUCUCCCACCUCGGCCGGGACCUCAUCAAAUUCGCGCAAACGAGCCGGAAGAACUGGGAACUCGUCUGCACAAGUCGACGCCAGUUUUCCACGGUUAGACUAAUGGGCUGUGACGUCUGUCUAUUGGAGCAUUGCGGGUUUGAACGAAGUCUCCACGAUAAGCGCUUCUGGGGCCCGCUCCUGCACGGCGCUGAAGUCACUACGCUGCACCCAGGUCUUCCCGGCAAUUGUGACUUUCCGGGGCUUCGUGCCGACGUGCUGGCGCUCCAGUGGCCUCACUUUUGGACGGCCGCAGAACUAGAAAGUUACAAGCCGCUGAGCGUCAAAUUCAAAGAGAUCUUGCUAAGCGACCCGACGAGAGAGGAAAUUUCUGAGGACGUGAUCAAUUUUAUACGAGACUCGGCGGAACAGAUCGCCUAUGAAAUUCCGCCAGUCGAGCAAAAGCGAAUGCUUUGCCGACGAUUCAAGAACACGCGCGUGCGAUUCCGCUAUGUCUGGUCGUUUGGUAGGGGUUUCCACGCUUACCAUAAGCGCUUGAUUGACGAAUGGCUGGCCUACAAGCGGGAUCUUUUCUUGAUCACUUCUUGCGCCCAAUGGCGCGACAUCGACAACCAUGCGGAUGAUUGGAAAAAUACCUUCGUUGGAUAUGACGUCCAAUUUAUUGAAAAUCGUCUCGCGGUGAUUACCCGGUCCGACGGGAAAACCGUGACUUCCGUCCUUCAGAUGGGAGAUUUUCCA